ACACUUCAUCCUCUCCCAUACUGCGCUACAGUCCCCCGAUUUGCCGUCUCGGCACCCCUCGAGCUCUGCAAGACAAUCCGUGACUCUCAAUCUUCCCUCCGCCCAGUCUAAUCAUCCCCAGCCAUCAUGUAUCGCCAGUCGUUCGCUCCACCCCCGGCGCAGUCCCCUCCGCUUCACCAUCCUGUGCCUCAGCAUGUCUCGACUGUCCCUAUGAUGCGCUCGCCGCCGCCUCCGGCACCCCAGCAGCCUCAGACUUCUGGCUAUGGCAAUCCAUACCAACCCGCCCCUGCGCAAGGUGGUAGCGGGACAUAUGCUCCUGGCUUCGGGGGCUUCAUCAAUGAUCCCACCGCGCAGAUGGGAUUUCAAGUCGGAAAGACCGCGAUGAUGGCUGGACAGGAAUACAUGGAGCAGAACUUCAAUCGCUAUGUCUCUAUUCCGGCUCUGAAGCACUACUUUAAUGUCUCCAACUCCUACGUCCUGAACAAAUUGACCCUUGUGCUCUUCCCUUGGCGCCACAAGCCCUGGUCUCGUCAGCAGGCACGUCUCGCCACAGCUUCAACGGGUCCCAAUGGCCAGAUAUCCCAGCAACAGUACUCGUCUAUGUUCCUCCCUCCGCGUGAUGACCUCAACUCUCCGGACAUGUACAUCCCCGUCAUGGCGCUUGUCACAUACAUUCUCCUCUCAGCGAUGCUAGCCGGGUUCCGCGGUAACUUCCAUCCGGAGCUCCUUGGAUCAAUCACAACCACUGCUAUUGCCGUUAUCAUAUUCGAGAUCAUGUGCUUGAAGCUAGCCAUGUACAUCCUGAGCAUCAAUAACGAGUCACAGUUGCUGGAUUUGGUGGCGUAUUCCGGAUACAAGUUUGUUGGAAUCAUUGUCACUCUGCUGACGUCUGAGAUUCUCACUCCGGGGCGAGGAACCGGCGGCUGGGUUGGCUGGGUUGUCUUCGUCUACACUUUCCUGGCUAAUGCCUUCUUCCUGCUCCGUUCUCUGAAAUACGUUCUUCUUCCAGACUCGACCAGUGAUGCGUCCAUGCGCACUGGUUCGAUGCAUACGGUGGCUCGUUCGCAGCGUAACCGCCGCACGCAGUUCCUAUUCAUCUAUGCGUACGUCGUUCAGUUUGUAUUCAUGUGGGUGUUGAGUCGCGAGGGUCCGAUGUCGAUUGCUUCUAGCGCCGGAGCUGCUGGUUCAUCAUAGGGUCAUGUCGGUACCGAGCUGCACAUAAUGAUAUAGACGGACCUCAUGAAAGGGAUAAGGAUAAUAGUUCAUAUCGUUGUACGCUUUGUGGAGAUUAAAAAAUCAAUACAUUAACUUCAUG